AUGCAGCAAGCUGCGCUCCUCCUCCGCCCUCUCCUUCCCGCCAGUCCUCCCCUCGCCGCCCCGCGACGCCGCCGUCGCGUCGGCUACCGAGGCGUCCGCGGGAGAUGCGCCCCCGGUGAGGGCGCGGAGUGGCUGAGCUCGGCGGUGGGGGAGAAGGUGGACGAGCUGCUGCGGCGCGAGGAGAACCGGGCGCUGCUGGACGGCGUCGAGGCCGCCGAGCGCCGCGUGGAGCUCGCCCGCGCCGCGCUCGCGGACAUCGAGCGCCAGGAGGCCGAAGCCCGCCUCGCCAGCGACGAGCUCCGCCUCCUCCAGAAGCGCCGGGACGAGAUUGUAGAGUCCCAGCGGGAAUUGCAGCAGGCAAGAGAAAUGAUUAAUGAGGCACAACUUUCUUUGACUUCUAGUCUUGAGGAUCGAGGCUUUUGGGAUACUUCAAGUGGAGAAGAUAUCGACAAAAAUAGCGAGAGACUUGAGUCUGUAAAAGCUGCAGCAAUUUCCUCUAUAAUCGGUGUUCUGGCUAGUUUGCCCAUAUCUUCCUAUGAAGUCCAGAGUUUACCCCAGCUGUUUAUUCGAUCAUCGGUUGUUCUCAUAAGUUGUGCGUUGUUUGGAGUCACAUUCCGGUAUGCAGUUAGGAGGGAUCUGGAUAAUAUCCAACUUAAAACGGGAGCUGCUGCUGCAUUUGCUGUUGUUAGAGGUCUUGCUUUGCUGGAAUCAGGGAGGCCCUUCGAGCUGAGCACUGAUGCCUUAUUGUCACUAGCUCUUGAUGGUGCAGUUAGUGUGGUUGGGAGCAUUUUCAUAUUUCUGCCUUCUGCUAUUGCACUGGACUAUUGUUUUAAGAUGAGAUUUUUGAGUCCAUUCCCUACAAGAAAACAAUAGAUUCUGUGAUUAAUCUGUAAGAUCAACAUUUAUAUUGGUUACUCCGUUGAUGAUAUGUAAUUUUGCAGAUUUCUUA